AUGUCGGGAGGAAGGGCGACCAUCCCACCUAACCGGAAGAAUGCUGUGGGAAAGCCAGCUCUUAGUAACGGUGGAAUAUGCCGAUUUUGCAAUCGGAGGCAUGGGACUGCCCCGUGUCCCUUUAGGAAUGGAGCCUGUUUUAGUUGUGGUCGGAUGGGCCACCAAGUGAGAGAUUGCCCACGGAGACAAAGAGGAGUUCCAGCGCUAUCACAACAAGGAGGACAACCACGUGGGAAUAUGCAGCAGAAUUACCAGAGCCAACCUCCAGCGCAAGGAAGAGUUUUUGCGGUCACCAAGGAAGAGGCGAAGGAUUCGCCGGCCGUUACAGGUACGAUCUUUUUGCAUGAUCAUAUAGCGUAUGUGUUGUUUGACCACGGAGCCACGUACUCCUUUGUUGUUGAGCGGUUUGUUAAAUUAGUUGGGUUGAGUCCGAAAUCGUUGGGAACAGUCUUUAAGAUAUCCAUGCCGCUAAAAGAUAGUGUAAUAUCUGCAGUAGGUUGUCCUCAUUGUAAGUUGACAAUAGGUGGUCACGAAGAAGUGAUAGAUCCGAUUGUCUUGGAAAUGUAUGAUUUUGAUGUGAUUGUUGGUAUGGAUUGGCCGACAAAGCAAAGAGCUAUGAUGGAUUGCUAUCAUAAGGCAAUUCAGUUUAACCCGUUGAAUGGGAUUAGUUUUGAGUUUGUUGGAAGUCGAGGUGAUACAUCGACUUUGUCAAUUUCAUCGUUGGAAGCGACUCGUGCAUUGGAAAGUGGUCGUCAAGGAUAUCUGGCAACCGUAGUUAACAUAUAUGUUGAGGAGCCAAGGAUGGAAGACAUUGCUAUUAUGUGCGAGUUUCCCGAUGUGUUUCCCCAAGAGUUACCAAGUCUGCCACCAAAUAGGGAGAUUGAGUUUGUGAUUGAGCUAAUCCCUGGAACGGAGCCGAUUUCUAAAGCUCCGUAUAGGAUGGCGUUAUCAGAACCGAAGAAGCUGAAGGUACGGUUGCGGGAAUUAUUGGAUAAGGGUUUUUUCCGCCCUAGUGCUUCACCAUGA